UACCUUUUUUAAUUAAUAUGGAUGAAAACAGUGAUUGUUUAAUGUUGCUUUAUUUGAGCACCGUUUUAUUAUUAAUAAAAAAACAGCAAAUUACCAGAAGAUAUCGCCGUAAACCAAAAAGGUUCGGGGUUCAUCCAAUAUUUCUUGCUCGAGAAAGACAAGGAUUUUAUCAAAACCUGUUAAAAGAAGCACGUUUAAGCGAUCCACUAAUAUUUUUUAAUUUCACAAGAAUGUCUGCAGCCAGUUUUGAUAAAUUACUAAGUUUUACAGGACCCUUUUUGACUAAAACCUCAAGAAGGGAACCAAUAUCCCCUGGAUGCAGAUUGGCUUUAACCUUUAGAUUCUUGGCUACAGGGGAUUCAUACCCAAGUCUGUCCUAUUCAUUUAGAAUUGGUGUAACAACAAUUUGUAACAUAAUAAGAGAAACUACCCUUAUUAUAUGGAAUGUAUUGCAUCCAAGAGUUUUACCCAUUCCAUCAGAACAAAAGUUAAGAGAAAUUUCUAAUGGUUUUUUAAGAAAGUGGUCCUUACCAAAUUGUGUCGGAGCCAUUGAUGGUAAACAUGUGACAAUUCAAGCUCCAAACAACUCUGGCUCUACAUAUUUCAAUUACAAAAAAAACUUUAGUAUUGUUUUGCUAGCAGUGUGUGAUUCAAGUUAUAUGUUUACAUAUGUUGAUGUUGGUGCUUACGGUUCACAGAGUGAUAGUGGUGUUUUGCAUCAGUCCUCAAUUGGCAAAAAAUUAUUUGAAAAUAAUUUAAACUUGCCAGUGGCAGAAGAACUACCAAACUGUCCUUUAAAGACAAAAGUUCCGUAUUUUUUUGUUGGUGAUGAGGCUUUUCCUCUAAGAGAAAAUUUAAUGCGGCCCUUUAGCAAACCCAGAGUAGGCCCUUUGCCAAGAGAACAAAGAAUAUAUAAUUACCGCUUGUCAAGAGCUAGACGCACAAUAGAAAAUACAUUUGGCAUAAUGGUUGCUAGAUUUCGAGUUCUACAUAGGGUGAUUAAUGCCAAUCCAGUAAAUGUGGAUAAUAUUAUUAAAGCUAUUGUAUGUCUACAUAAUUUUAUAAUUAAAGAAAAUAAUCCACAUUACAUUCGAGAAAGUGAUGUAGAUAAAGAACAACCAAAUUUACAAAUUCAACCAGGGGCUUGGCGAAACGACAUACCCAAGAACGGUCUAGCAAUAGAAAAUCUAAAUGUACGUAUUGGUGCUCGAAAUGCAUCUUUUUCAGCCUUAGCAAUUAGAAAUUAUUUAAAAGAUUAUGUGAAUGGUCCAGGUGCAGGUCUAGCUCCCUGGCAAUGGGAAAUUAUUGAUCAAACAAAUUAAUUAUAAUAUUGUAUAAAAAUUAUGGACAUUUUCUUUAUUAUGGUGUCAAAAAUUGAUAAUA